UUGAUUCUAAAUGUUAAUUGUAACAUUGAAUUUGUUUUGUUAUUUUUAAUUACUUUUUACUUUGGUUGAUUGUGAUUUGUUUUUCUAUUGUUUUGUAAAUUUGUUAUAAUGUCUCAAUUUAAAGAAUUAGUUUCUAUUGAAUAUCCUGGAAUUGUUAAAAAUUUGGACAGAAUGAUGGAAACAAUUGGUGGAACUGAAAAAUUAAAUGAAACCUUCAAAAAACAAGGAUCGAGACUUGAAUUAUCACCUCGACCUGAUAUAUUCAGUCAUCCAAUGUUGGGUGAUAAAGUGCCAACCAACAAUUUAUUGGUUAAAUGUAUCGAGAAAACAAUUACUGAUGAUCAGGGUAAUGUCAAGAAAAUCUAUGAGACCAAGAUUAUUGGAUUUAUCAGUUUUUCCUAUAAAUUCAAAGCUUUAGCUGAUUUUCAAUAUUUACCAAUGGAAAGAAUCAACUUUGAUUCAAAUAAGCCAAGAUAUAAAUCUCGUUAUAAUGAUAUCAUUCCUGAGUCACCAUUUUCAUCACUGUCAAGCUUUAAUCCGGAUGCUCCUUUAUUGGUUUUACCAACCAUUUUAAGUCGUUUCGAUGUUCCUACUGAAUAUUAUUACAAAGAUGAACCUGUUCAUAAAAAUGAUGCUUUAAAUAAAACGGCAGUUGAACAUCAAGCUAAAUCAAUUAUUGGGUUAACUCGUAAACCAAGAUCGAUCCUCGCAAUGUUAGUUAACUGGGAUGAAGAGAUUCCAACUGAGCCAAAUGCUGUUCUGCUCGAGAAACUAAGACUUCAUGCAUCGAAUAUUAAUGUUCUUGAAGAUCUGAAAAAGUUAUUCCAACAACGACCAAUCUGGUCUCGAAAUGCUCUUCUUUACAAGUUAAAAUGUACUCGAGAUGAUCUAAAGUAUUUACUACCUUGUGUUGCCUUUUAUUAUCCGAAUGGUCCAUUUCGAUGUCAAUGGAUUCGUUAUGGUUUUGACCCAAGGAAGAAUAAAUUCUGUAAAAUUUAUCAAACACUCGAUUAUCGAGUUAAACAAGCUUAUAUCAAGAAAGAUUCUUCAGAUAAAAUUAUGCCCAAGCGUAGUAUUUACGAUUAUGCGAUGCCCUUGUUGAGACGAGAGCCCUUUAAGAAAGCUCAAGAUUGUGAAGGUUCAGUGAUCCAACCAGCGAUAUUUUUACCUCCACCAGGAACUUCAACCGAAACUCCAACCAAGUCAGGAAUAGAAGAUGAACAAAUUUUACUUGCUUCGUAUACCUUUCGACCUGGUGUCCUACCCUCAUGUCGCCAAUGUCACUAUCAACUUUGUGAAAUUCACGUGCCAGAAGUUCAAAAGUUGGUCCAUGAAAACGAUGGAUGUGAACCCGAUAUUUGCCACGACAAAGAUGGCUGGUGUAAGGAAGGGACGGUCGAUAAGAUUCGAGCCAUUCUAUCAACAAUGACCGAUGAAAUGCUCCGAGAAUCUGAACCUGAUGAAGAAAUUCUGGACAAUUAUGAUAACGACGAUUAUUCUGAUCGAGGUCUAUCCGAUGAAGAUGAAUAUCUUUCUUAUACAUCAUGAGUCUCCUAGUCAUUUGUGUAAAAAGAAAAGUGUUUGCAAUCAGUUGAUUCAAUUCAAUGAAAUAAAUUCACUUCAAUCUGUUAUCAAGAUUUCCCAUGUAAAUUGAACUGAUUUAACGACAGUGAGAUUGUUAAAAAUUUUUAUUAAAACGUUUUUUAUAACUUAA